GCGUGAUUAACUCGAAGGCCUGAGAGUGAAUGAUAAAAAAUGGCUGAUGUAAAAACACUUGAAUACUCAACUUUGAAGGUUCCGUACGAGGUUUUGAAUAAAAAGUUCAGAACUGCGCAAAAAAUUAUCGAUCGUGAGGUCUCUCAUGUCUUGACUGCUAAUUCAGAUCUGUCAAACAUUGUUAAGAAAGAGUCAGUCAAAGUCUCUGAUGUCACUGGUAUUCUUGAUCGGGUCAUUGAAGAGUUACAGGUCUUGAAGCGAAAGGCUGAGGAAUGUGUCUCUGCUGAAGAGAAGUGCACCAACCAUCUUCACACCCGCCUGGAUCAUCUCAAAGAGCACACAGAUGAGGGAAAGGGUUCCAUGCUUUUAUGGAAAAAGAAACGCCUCGAUAGAAUGCUUGUUGAUCAUCUGCUAAGAGCUGGAUAUUAUGAGAGCGCUGGGAGAUUGGCAAGAGAUGCACAAAUUGAGGAACUGGUAGAUGUUGAUUUGUUUGUGACAGCAAAUAAAGUAGAAAAAGCACUGGAGGAUCAUAAUGCAACACCAUGCUUGACAUGGUGCCAUGAACACAAAUCAAGGCUAAGAAAGUUGAAGAGUACACUAGAGUUCAAUGUGAGAACACAAGAAUUUAUUGAAUUUAUCCGAGCAAAUGAGAGACAAGAGGCAGUUAGGUAUGCUCGUAAACAUUUCGGCAGUGUUGAUGUUACACCUCCCGAGGAGCUACGGAAGAUUAUGGCGCUGUUGGCCUUUCGACCAGAAACAGUUUGUGAUAAAUACAAGGAUUUUUUCGACAUAAACAGAUGGAAUGAGCUUGCGAAGCAAUUUAAGAGAGAUAACUUUGCUUUGCAUCAUUUGAGCUCUGAGUCAACAUUAUCAGUGACAUUACAGACUGGUUUGUCUGCUCUUAAAACACCACAUUGUGGUAUAGAUGGUCACACAAGUACUGAGUGCCCUGUAUGUUCAAAACAACUAUUUGAGUUAGCAAGCACUCUACCAUAUUCACACUGUGCUCAGUCAAGAUUGGUCUGUCCAAUCUCUGGUGAAGUAAUGAAUGAAAAUAACCCCCCUAUGGUUUUACCAAAUGGAUAUGUUUAUGGGGAAAAUUCUCUUCUUGCUAUGGCAAAGAACAACAAUGACAUUGUGACCUGCGUAAAAACUAAGGAACAAUUUAAAAUGGAAGAAGCUGAAAAGGUGUUUGUCAUGUAAAGAUCAAUGUCAGAGUGAAUACAACACUUUUUGGAGGAUUACUGUUGGAAAAGAAAGAAUGUUGUGACUCUUAAUAUUCAACAUAUUUUCAUCUUACAAGGCAUGACAAAGUAAUGCAUCAUCUCAGAUAGUUCCUCAGAACUCAUAGUUGCAUGCAAAGAUUUAAAAAAAAUUACAUUGUAUAUAUCUAAAGAAACUGGAUAGUAGCACUAUAGAUCAUACAGUGUUUCUUUCCUUUGCUCUCAAAUUGCCUGUAACCUGGAUUAAAAAU